GAGGGGGUUGCCUCUGUGAGCGCGCGUCGCUGUCGCGAUGGGGAGGUCCAGAGCCCUUCCGUGUCGGCCGCCUAGAUCCAUAGGUCGCUUCAGCAACGGGAUCAGAAAACUGGACAUCCUGCGGGCCUUGUAAUUGCGGGCUAAGCGCCCGAUUCUGUGCCUGUUUUGCUGAGGAGAAAAUCCUAAAGGGCUGAAGUAGGGCAUACUUCCGAAUAAACGUGCCUAUGACGUUAGGCAAGCUCGUUCAACCUGGUGACCUCCACGUGCCUUAGACUACAGUUCCCGUCAUCCUCCGCCUGCACAGCCUCAGCCCCAUUUGUUAGACUUUGUUUCCAUCAUUUCUAGUCAGCAGUGCCCAGUGGCCUGAUGGGAGUUGUGGCUUGACACAUUUGGAGGUCUACCCUAGGUUGGGGAAGGCUGUCAUAGGGGGCUGUAGUAGCAAUUCAAGAGUCGACAUGGAUUGGUCCUUAACUUGGACUCUGUUUGUUAAGGAAUAAACCUUACUGCAUUUGAAUGUGAUCUGAGUAAAUAUACUGAGUAAAAAUGGGUUGCAGAGCCACUGUGACAUAGUGGUUAGAGUGCUGGACUGGUUGGUACUCACCCAGCCCUUGAACUCACUGGAUCACUUUGAGUCAGUCGCUGAGCCUCAAAUCUAACCCAUCUCACAGGGUUAUUGUGAGAAUAAGGUGGAGAGGAGGAUUAUAUAAACUGCUUUGGGUUCCCUGCUGGACAGAAAGAAAGUGCAAUAUAAAAAUAAUAAAUUAGUGUAAUUUUCUUUCAGCUGGUUUACUGCCAUGUGGGAGACCCAGUCUGAGGUGAUGAUUGGAGUAUUUUGCAGUGAAGCACUGAAAAGGUUAAGAGAAGCUGCCAAUUCUAAUGAUUUAGAAACAGUGCAGCAGCUUCUAGAAGAUGGAGCAGACCCCUGUGCUGCUGAUGACAAAGGUCGAACAGCACUGCACUUUGCAUCCUGCAAUGGAAAUGAUCAUAUUGUCCAGUUGCUUUUGGACCAUGGCGCUGACCCAAACCAGCGAGAUGGAUUAGGGAACACACCCCUGCAUUUGGCUGCCUGCACAAACCAUGUUCCUGUCAUCACCACCCUGCUCCGUGGAGGAGCUCGAGUAGAUGCAUUGGAUCGAGCUGGAAGAACCCCUCUGCAUUUGGCCAAGUCAAAGCUGAACAUCUUGCAGGAGGGCCUCUCACAGAGCCUGGAAGCAGUGUGUCUCGAAGUGAAGCAGAUCAUCCAGAUGUUGCGGGAAUACCUUGACCGUCUUGGCCGUCACGAACAGCGGGAGCAGCUAGAUGAUCUUUGCACCAGGCUACAGAUGACUAGCACAAAAGAACAAGUGGAUGAAGUUACUGACCUCCUGGCCAGCUUCACCUCACUCAGCUUGCAGAAGCAAAAGAUUGAGAAGAGGUAACGGGCUUUCCUACGAUCUCUCAGUCAAAAGGAGACAAGUCAAGAGAAGCAGCAGCUGAAGCUCAUCUGUAAGACUCUGGAAUAGCCGCUGCCCCCAGUCUUAAGCAUACCUUUCCUACUGGAUACAUGUCAAACUGUCCAGAACCAGCAGGCUGCUGUCACUGCCUUGGACUGCUCCCCCAGGAUAAGGGAUGAAGAAGAGGCUUUGGGGACAUUGGGCCUCCCUUCAUUGUCAUCAUUGCUGUUCCAAGCAUCAGGACUGCUGUUCCAGUUAACGGGGUCUCCUUCUGCUGGCCUGUUGUAGAGACAUGCCCUUCCAGGGACACCCCAAGAUCCUGCAAGAGACAGUUCCAACGGACUGCAAUCACAUUGGGGGAAAGGACAUCUGUCAGGCAUGUGAUGCGCAUGGCUUGUCAGCCAUUAACUCCCAUAUUUAAGCACACAUUAUGGAGCCUUUGCAGAAAGGGGGUGAAACUCUAAGCUGGUUAUUUAUUUUUAACACGGGGCAUAUUUUGAGCUGGAAAAGGGCUGAAGGGCCAGCUGUGCCGAUAGCUGAGGAAUAAAAGAGCACAUCCACCUCCCUCUCCCCACCCACCACACCCAGGCCAACCGCAGCAGAAUUUGACAAGACUUUUUACAGGAAUGCACCUCAGCUGCCCACUCCUGCUUCCUGCAGCACAGGUGCACAAGGACAGAACCCUGCUGCCAGUCACACCGAGGUGGGAGGAGGAAAAGCAAGAUAGAGCUUUUUCUCUGCUUUCACAGAGAAAAGUAGCACAAGAGGUUCCUUGGUGUAGGUUCCAGUGGGAAUCCCAUUGAGGGACUGCAGUGAGCUCUCCCUCCAUCUCAUAUUCCUACUCCAUGCCGUUAUCGCAGCUUUCCUGCUCUAUGCUCAAUCUGCUUAUGCAAUCUGCCUUUUGCUGAAAAAAGAAUGGAAGUAAUAUGGAGCCCACUGGGUGUCAUUCAGGGCUGCUUCUGGCACUGCUCUGCUUCCUGCAAAGACAUAUGCCCAGUUCUGACAUAACUUCAAUCAACCGCAGACUGAAUUAAGAUGCAAUGAUAAAUCACAGUUCUGAAUCAAGAACAGAAGAUGUAAAUCUCCCUGUACACAAAAUGUGGGGAGGCUCACCCUGUGAUAACAUCAUAUCAAACUGGGCUGUAGCCCCUUAUCUCAGAGAGGGUAGUCAAACUUCAGGCCUUUGGGCCAAACUGCCCCCUUGGGUUUCCUAGGCAACCCCAUUCCCUUUCCCCCAGCUGCCAAACAUGGUUUUCAUGCUUUUACAUGGGCUUUUCCCCAUUUUAAAAGAUUGUAAUGUCUCUCCUAAGGCAUUUUGGAGAGGCAUUGAAGGGCUUUAAGCUAAUACUUACUGGUAUUUUGUUCCUGUCUCUUGCCUCUCCCCACUGCCCACUGGAAUGCAGCCCUCAAAUAUUCCUUCAAAAUGGAAUUCAGCCUUCAGGCUAAAAGAGGUUCAGCAUUUCAGACCUGAGAUAGCAGUAUAUUGUCACGAGGGACACGGGAAAGGAGGCUUGAUAACUUCUCAAUGAUGCCAUUCUGUUUGGGUUUGGCUGGAACCAAGGUCUGUCUUGUCAUUGGUGACAUCAUCCUGUUUGUGUCACAGAAGUGAGGGAAAGGUUGCAUUUGCAUUCUGGGACUAGCCUCCCCAGGCAAAAAAAAAAAUGGUUUCACAGCCUUGUGCUCACUAUGAGUGAUCAAGGACUGCUCUUAAGCAGAGUUGGGUGCUUCAAGGAUAUAGAUGCCUCAUGGCAACAUGUUUUGACUUAACCAGCCCAUAAUCAUUGCAUAGGGGAGACUGGUGUCCUCAGCAAAUCCUUCUCAGGAGUCAAUGCCUUGCUUCCUGUAUCAUUAAAAUUUCAGGACUGGUUUUGGACCUUGAGACAAGUAGGCUGUCAUGCCUUUUUUAUUAUUGUGCUGCUUUUGUAGUGGAUGAGAAUAACUGGGUUAGUCUUCCCAAUGGGCCAUCUGCCAGAUGGAUCUGACUACAACUGCCAUCACAGCUGGGCUGUGAUGGGAGUUGUAGUCUGACCCAUCUGGAGGGCACCUAGCUGGAGAAGGCUGCUUUAGAUAAAAGUCCAAAGCUUUGCUCCCACAAUCCAAAUAGCUUUGAUAAGAGAUUCCUGAAUACUCAGGGGAGGAAAGUUUGGGGCUGACUUGACUGUGACCUUGCUGGAGCUGUCACGGUGAAUGCCGAGAACUUUGUUCCAGUAUGCAAGGAGGUGGGAGGUUAUUUGAACUUUUCAGUUGUAAAUGUCAAUAAAAUGCUCUUUGCUUUCAGGGUU